UCUCCCCAUACCUACCGUUAUCUCAAUGAACUUCCUGUUCGAGGGCCAGCCUGGGCGACCACCCAAGCGAAGGGGCCGUAUUGCGCAUUCGUGUGACGCGUGUUUCACUCGCAAGAUCAAGUGCAAUGCCGCAAGCCCGCGGUGCGACUGGUGUUCCCAUCAAAACCUUCCAUGUACCUUCGAUAGAAACAAGCAAAAGAAUCUCACCAAUCCACCGGAGCGGAAGAUCCACCCAAGCCCAAGCCCCGCGCAACCAUACCAACCGUAUGCGCCCACGUUCACCCAAGACCUGCAUUUCGCCGGUCGCCAUCUGGGGAAUAUCUGCACUUUCGAUGGGGUGCCAUUUUUUUCUGCCAGCGGGCGCGAAUGGAUCGCCGCCUGCACGGGAGACCAAUUCCGCUUCCAUCAGCCAGCAACUGAGUCAACCCUGGCGCAGCAACCACCCACCCCGGUGGCAAGCGCAGCUGAGCUCCCUCUACCCGACCUCCAAUUUCUCUGCAGCGAGCUCAGACACUAUCAAGCAUCCGCUUUUGCACUGUUCUUCCCGGUCAUUGAUGCAUGCCUCUUCGAGAGCACGAUCAAGGCGGCGUACAGCCGGGAAUACUCGGCCGCGUCCCCCGGGGUGAACAGCGCACGCGCGUGCAUCUUCGCCUUCCUCGCGUUGACCUCGCUGACGGUGCAUGGGCCGAAGGGCUAUCCACUCCGAUACAGUGACCAAUAUUUCGAAGCCGCGCAACGGCUUUUGCCUGCUGUCUUGGGCGAGCCUGUGUCCGUGGACGGGCUGCAGACCGUUUUGUUACUGUGUCUCUGCUGCCAAGGUCUCGCAGGGAACCUCUAUCUAGUCGACCACUUCCUCUCAACCGCCGCGCGAUUCAUCUACUACCUGAAAGGCAACACAUCCCCACACACUGCCACCGCCCCCGCAUCACCGAUCGACCAUCACAUCCGGGAACUCUUCUGGGUCAUCUACGUCUGCGACAAGGGCCUGACGAUGGUGACUGGCCUCCCGCCACGCCUCGAAGACAGCCACUGCGAUCUGACCCUCUCACCGAACACUCAACCACCCCAGAUCUGCGGUGACCCCUGCCCCGGAAGCUACCUGCACACCUACGCCCGUCUCGCCGUCCUCCAAUCCCGCAUCUACCGCGACCUCUACUCCCCGUCCGCCCUCGGCCAAUCCGACGCAGACCUGCUGCGCACGAUCCGCGACUGCGACCACGCCCUGGAAGCAUGGAAGGCGACCCUGCCACCCGUGAACCAGCCCUCGCUCGCAGCGGGCCGACGCACCCCGCCGCACCGCGACAUGCGGUUCUCGAUCUUCCACGUGCAGUACCACCACUGCAUGGUGCUGAUCCACCAGCCGAGCAGCCGGUGUGCCGCGUGGACCCGGAACCAGGAUACGCGGGGCACGAGCUCGAGCCUGGCGAUCUCCGUCGCGGCCAGUCGGGCGCUGCUGGAGGAGUUCCUCGAGUCGCGGCUGGAGUUGGGGCCGGAGAAUCUCCUGUUCUCGUUGUCCUAUUUCAUCCAGGCUGCGAUCGUGCUUUUCUGCCAUGUGCUCUCGCAGCCGCUGCACGCCGAUAGUCAGGCGGUCUUGGGGCUGAUGGGGCGGAUCGCGGAGCUGAUUCACCGGUCGGCGUACCAGCAGCAUCCCCGCUGCUAUAUCAUGCGGAUCGAGACGGCCAGGGGUAAUAUUCUGGAGUUGAGGCGGCUAGCGGAGUGUGCCAUUGUCAAGGCGAGGGGGGAGGUGAGCACCACGUAGUCGCGGUGAUUGGGUGGAGCGGAAGUUGUUUUCUAUUCCUGUACAUGAAGGAUAGGUUUCGAGAUGUUUUGUAUGUGUACACAUUAGCUAUUAUUGCGAGGUGAUUAUAUCUAUCAUGAGGCGAAAGAGCCUCGCC